ACACUCAAUAUCUCAAAAGCAAAAGUGCAAAACACAUUUCCAAAUCUCUCUCUUUCUCUCACUCAAAAACUCUCAAAUCCCAAAACCGACAAUGAGCUCCGCUGCAGAAACCACCACAAAGGGCGGCAGAGGCAAGCCAAAAGCCACAAAGUCCGUCUCUAGAUCCCACAAAGCCGGUCUCCAAUUCCCAGUUGGCCGUGUCGCCCGGUUCCUCAAAACCGGCCGAUACGCCCAACGUGUCGGCUCCGGCUCCCCAGUCUACCUCUCCGCCGUCCUUGAAUACCUCGCUGCUGAGGUUUUGGAGUUGGCUGGGAAUGCAGCGAGGGACAACAAGAAGAACAGAAUUAUCCCAAGGCACAUUCAGCUUGCUGUGAGGAACGACGAGGAGCUGAGCAGGCUUAUGGGGUCUGUGACCAUUGCUAAUGGUGGAGUUUUGCCUAACAUUCAUCAGAAUUUGUUGCCCAAGAAAGCUGGGAAAGGAAAGGGUGAUAUUGGGUCUGCUUCUCAGGAAUUUUAGGUGUACUGGGUUUGUUGGGUUUCGUUAGGUUAUGGAUAUGAUAGCCUUGUAAUGAAGUAGCUUUUUAUUAUGUAAAGCUUCACUUGAAUGAUAAUGAAAUAUUGGGUUUUAUCUCA